UGCGUUAUUGUAAUCAUGAAGAGCACCGGUCACAUUGUCAUCCUCCUGCUGGCGGCGGUCGCGCUGACUUCCGCCAAGAUCCUCAACAAGGACUGGUGGAAAUCGACGGUCUUCUACCAAAUAUACCCUAGGAGCUUUAUGGACUCUGAUGGCGAUGGAAUAGGGGAUCUGAAAGGCAUAACGAGUAAGCUGGACCACAUCAAGGACGCUGGAAUAGGAGCCAUCUGGCUGUCGCCGAUCUAUAAGAGCCCCAUGGUUGAUUUCGGAUACGACAUAGAAGAUUUCCGUAGUAUUGACAAAACUUUUGGCACGUUGGACGACUUGAAGGCACUUAUAGCCCGCGCUAAAGAACUCGCCUUAAAGGUUGUCCUGGAUCUCGUUCCUAAUCAUACUUCCGACAAACAUGAGUGGUUCCUAAAGAGCUUAAAUAAAACGAGCAAGUACGCCGAUUAUUACAUGUGGAAGAAUACUAAAUUGCCACCAAACAACUGGUUAAGUGUAUUCAAUGGAUCAGGUUGGACGUUCAACGAAGCGCGAAAGGAAUGGUACUUUCACCAAUUCUACAAGGAGCAACCCGAUUUGAAUUACACCAAUCCCGCCGUGCAGGAAGAGAUGAAGGAUGUAAUAAAGUAUUGGUUGGACAUGGGGAUAGACGGUUUCCGUAUCGACGCUGUGCCGCAUAUAUUCGAGAGUAACAUAGACAAAGACGAGCCUCCGAGUUAUUUAAGCAAGAAUUCAUCCGAGUAUACUUAUUUGAGUCACAUCUAUACGAAGGAUCAACCUCAAACGUACGAUCUGAUACAAAACUGGCGGGAAUUCGUGGACAAGUACGCUGACGAACUCAACCAGGAUGAAAAGGUGUUACUGACAGAGGCAUACACCGGUUGGGAUAACACAAUCAAGUAUUACAAAUAUGGCUCGAACGUUCCAUUCAACUUUAAAUUCAUAACGAACGUGAACAGCAACUCCACUGCCGCUGACUUCAAGGAGAUCAUAGAUCACUGGAUAAGUUCCACCCCCACUGGCUUCGCCCCCAAUUGGGUGAUGGGAAACCACGAUCGCACUCGUAUCGGUACUCGUUACCCUGGAAGGACGGAUCAGAUGACGAUGUUGGCGAUGAUUUUGCCCGGAGUGGCGGUGACUUACUACGGAGAGGAAAUCGGGAUGGUGGACAACAGCACCCUGCGCGUAUACGAUUUUCGCGAUGGCUGCCGCACCCCGAUGCAAUGGAACGACAGUGCACAAGCAGGCUUCAGUACAAACGCAACAACAUGGCUUCCCGUUAACACCAAUUAUCAUGAGCUGAACUUGGAAAAGGAGAAAAAGGACCCCAACUCCCAUUACAAUCUCUACAAGAGUUUGACGCGUCUACGAAAUUCGUCGGUUGCGCUCAAACACGGUAAUACCACGGCGUUCGUCGUGAACAAUGACGUGCUGGCUGUCGUUCGAAACACCAGCGACGAAGUGGUUGCGCUUUUGAUAAACUUCUCCAAUGACAAGAGCACCACGGUUAAUGUGGCGAAUUUGACCAGUUGGAAAAGAACAUCGAUCAAAGCCGGCAGCGUGAGCUCUGGAGUGAAGUUGAAGUAAGUAAAUAGCGAUACGUUUUA